AUGGCACCAGCACGAAGAAGCCGAACGGGUGCAAAAUAUUUCAAUGAAUUCCGUACACAUUUUUGGGAGAGACCUGAAGACGAUUUUGAUAGAAUCCGUCAAACAUUGCCACCCCGUGAUUCAAUAAACACCAAUACAAACAAUCCUGGUGUGGAAAAUCCUGAACAAAAUAUUGGUCAUUCUGGCUCUAUCGAAACAUCAUCUCUUCAACCACCACCAACACCUUAUGAGGCCACAGAUGAAGCACGAAAUAAUUCUUCAGAAAUGAAUCAGAGCCAAGUUGUUUCUAACCGCGAAGUAGUUGUCUCUGGUAAUAUAUCCUUGUCUCAAAAUGACAGUGAUGUUAGCAUGAUAUAUUCUGUAUCUAAUACCAACCCUACCGAAAUUAUAAGACCUAGCCACUUCGUAUCUGCCUCCUGCAAUGAUAACACUUUAGCAUCUGAUAUAUCUGAUGGCACAUCAGUACAAAUAUGUGGGCUUAUGUCAAAUUCUGAUACACUUCAGGAAGAUACGAAAUCUCGAGUUUCUAACUCAUCUUCGACUGUAUCACCUAUAUGUGUAGAGCUUAGCCAUUCUAGCUUUCCAACUAAAUCAUCUGAAGACACAUGGAGUGAGGAUGCUAUCGCAUCUAAUGAGAUUGAUAAUUUUCUAAAUGAAGAACGUAGUGAAUAG